CUUCCGGGUCAGGUCUGAACUAAUCCAAACAGAGGUGGUGUCAACACAGUUGUUUCUAGUUUAGUUAAAACCGUCUGUGAUCAAAGAAGAAGAGUCGAGAAUCUGAUUCAUCGUCACACCGGAGAGACAACAUGGCGACCACCAUCAGCACCCAGCGGGGACAGGUGUACAUUGGGGAGCUUCCUCAGGACUUCCUGCGGAUCACUCCCACCCAGCAGCAGCAGCAGGUCCAGCUGGACGCUCAGGCAGCCAGACAGCUGCAGUACGGAGGCUCGAUAGGCACCGUGGGGCGACUCAGCAUCACUGUGGUCCAGGCAAAGCUGGCUAAAAACUACGGAAUGACUCGGAUGGAUCCGUACUGUCGGAUCCGGCUGGGUUACGCAGUCUACGAGACACCUACUGCUCACAACGGAGCCAAGAACCCGCGCUGGAACAAGGUGAUCCAGUGCACGGUGCCUCCGGGGGUGGACUCCUUCUACCUGGAGAUCUUUGACGAGAGAGCGUUCUCCAUGGACGACAGGAUAGCAUGGACUCAUGUCACCAUCCCUGAGGGCCUGAGGGAGGGCAGCGUGGUGGACGAGUGGUUCAGCCUCAGCGGCAGGCAGGGUGACGACAAGGAGGGCAUGAUCAACCUGGUGAUGUCUUUCGCUUCCUUACCAGCGGGGAUGAUGACUCAGCCUGUGGUCCUGAUGCCUUCUGUGUAUCAGCAAGGAGUCGGAUACGUGCCCAUCGCAGGAGUGCCAGCAGUCUACAACCAGGGUAUGGUGCCCAUGGCGAUGCCAGCAGCUGUGCCAGCCGGAGGUCAGGUGCAGGUGUGCAGCGAGGAGGACCUAAAGGCUCUGCAAGACAUGUUCCCCAACCUGGACAAGGAGGUGGUUCGCACUGUACUGGACGCACAGCAGGGCAACAAGGACGCUGCCAUCAACUCUCUGCUGCAGAUGGCUGAGGAGCUCUAACUGCAGAAAACAGGCUCACAGUGGACAUAACCACACACACUCACACAUGUGCAUGCACACAGACAUAUAGAAACAGUCUUUGCUAAUGGAGAGACUGUCCACGCGCACACACACACACACACACACACACACACAGACUGCUCGCUCACACACACUGCAGCCAUAUCUGAGCUCCCAGCAGCUCAGCUGGUAGCCACAGAGAUCUGUUUCCUCGCCCUUUAUUGACUCCUCGUUGGCCUAACAGUACACGACGCCUGCUAACACACAGCUCUCUGUCACAACCGACACUGGAUCCACGCAGCAACGCAACAAAUGUGUGACGUCACUGGUUUAAGAUGAUGUCGAUGGCAGAUGUGUUUGGGAAAUUCAUGUCAGGAUCAUUAAGGUUCGUAUUAGGCUUGGGCGGUAUCUGUUUAUUACUUAUGAGAAAAGCACUGACAGAACAGCCUCAGAGUAAUAGAUUACACACAGCUACCCAGAUGUGGAUUUUCCUUCAUCACGAGUACAGAUAACGACACAUUUUACUCAUAUGAUACUCGUAACAAGUACAUUACCUGUACCAGAGUAUUCUGCUCAAACCUGCUUCAUACCUGCCUGAAAUUUCACUGGGGUGUACAGUAGGUACUUGUGUACAAUACGAUAUACUUUAUUGUAACUGUAGGGAAAUUCAUCUUGGGCUCAGGAGCUGCACAAGUAUUGCUGCCUUUCAGAACUGGUCCAGAAGAAAAGAAACACAUACUACUGCAAGUUGUGCAGCGUUGCAUUUACGUGACUGUACUGUUUACAGUCCUGCAACGUUAUCCCCACCACUCAGAGCUGCCAUUUUUCUAAACUCAGCCACCCAGAUGAGGAUUUUCCUUCAUCACGAGCACAGAUAAUGACACAUUUUACUCGUACGAUACUCGUACUCGUAACAAGUACAUUACCUAUACUGGAUACUCGUUUAAUCGGAGUAUUCGGCUCAUCGCUACUUCAUAUAUUCCUGAAAUUUCAGCGGGGGAUAUACAGUAUAUGUAGGUACUUGUGUACGAUACGAUACAAUGCGAUAUGAUAUACUUUAUUGUCCCCGUGGGGAAAUUCAUCUCGGACUCAGGAGCUGCACAAGUAUUGCUGCCUUACAGUACUGAUCCAGAAGAAAUGAAAAGCAUACACCAUAAAAACAUGGAAACACAAACUUCUGCAAGUUCUGCGACGCUACUGUUACUUGACUGUGCAACCCUGUAACGUUACCCCCACCACUCACAGCUGCCACUUUUCUAAACUUAGCUGCCUGAUCCACCAGUAGAGACUGACCUCUGGUGGCAUGUGCUGUGCAUCACAAACAACACACCAAUACAACAUCUCCGGAUUAGUCUAAUAGACAGUAUUGAAAAUUGUACCGUUUGGUAUAUCGUGAUACCGUCCAAGCCUAGUUCGUACCGCAGCCUGUAUCCACGCCGCUGAUCCCAGGGUUUGAUUUGCACUGUUUGAGCUGUAGUGAGUUGAGUUCAGAGUCCAUCUUCUGUUGAUGUUGUUAUUAAUCGUACGUGUACAACAUGUCCGUAGUAACCUGCAGUGAACUGUUUCAUAUGUAGCUGUAAAAUAUAUAGUGCAUUCAGAAUCUGAUAAAUUAUUAUGGAUGUCUUAAAUUAUAUAGAAUUCUAUAUGGUGAUCAGAGAAUGAAGAAAUGACUCAGAGGGAUGGAGGUUUAGAGCUGAACGCAACGUCUCUCCGCUCCGAGUCGUCUUUCACAGUGAUGAAAUAUUUCUUUGAUGAAACUUAUCUUCAAUCAGUGGAGUGAGGAUGUAAAUUAACAUCCUGUGGAGUAACCUUUGAUAAACAGGCAGUACGAGCACAGUGAGGAUCAAGAUGUUCUUCUUCUGAUGACAUCAGGAUGUUGUCUGUAGAACUUUUGAGAUUGAAACACUUCUAAGUUGUCUACACAGUGAUUUAGGUAAAUUCAGUUUACUCUAUUGAGCUAAAUAUCCACAGCUGUAUUCAGAUAAAGUUUUUGAUGCCUGAGGCGGUGACCUGACUUCAAUGAAAUGUGUGCUGCAUGUUCACCAUCAGGUUAAAGCUUGUACAUGAGAAAAAAAACUGAUUCAUGCUUCUUAGUUUGAUGUAAUGGACCGCAGCUUCUAACGCCACAAGCAGAGCUUUACCUGUUUCUUCUUCUUGUUUUUUAGCCACGGUAUUUAUAUGUGUUGUAGUUCUUAAGCUUUCAGAUGACACUUGUAGGUCACAAGGUCUUGAUGCGGAUGUGCUGUCUGCCAAAGGUUUCAUUUCAACCCAGUCACCAGAGAAAAUGUUGGUGUUGUACAUCACUGCAAACCACAAAUACGUUACACAAUGCAGUGGUUAAUGUGUGGUUAUGUUGAAGCACAAAAACCACUUAGUUAUGGUUGGGAAGAGAUCAUGUUCGGGUUUUAAAUACCUGGUUUAAAAGACACAGUUCCUGCUGAAAGGGCACCCAAGUCUCAGUUAAAAAAUAACAGCUUUUCGUAGCACUAUCCCGGCAGGAAAAACAGUGACGGUUCCCAAAAUACAACCAUGCUUGGUGGCGAAAAAGCUGCUGGAAAUGCAGCAAUGACUUUCUAAAACAACAACCCAUUUCAGUUCCAGUGGCGUGAAGCUUGGCAGGUGACACGCCAUCCACUAUCCCCUCUUCCUCGUCCCGUCAGACACGUCGACACACUAACUAUACGUAUAGGACGUGCAGUCGUAUUCAGGGUUUGCAGAAACGUGCAGUGCUGACAUUUUCCUCUGGCGACUGGGCUGUUCAUUUCAGAGAUGAUGUCUGAUCGUUGUGACUUUUCACUUGUGAUUCCAAAACUAUCGCUGUUGAGAUUCUUAAAGUGUCGCAGUCAUUUUA